AUGACCUACGAUAAACAAAACAAUGGCCAUCUAGCCAAACCGUUUACGCCGACUUUGAGUGCUGCUUUUCACAGAAGCAAUAAGGCCCCUCUGACACCAAAACUUGCAAGUCCAAGUCCAGCUCCAGUGUUUCCUGCCCGCCGACUUGCACAACCCGAAAACCCCUAUUCCACCCCCUCCAAAGACGAUUCCCCCGCCAUCCCUCCGACCUUCCUAAGUGCCAAUGUCACUCCACGAUCUGGCCCUCGAACUACCCGCAGAGAUGGUAGUACAUCCUCCCCGACAAAUACACCGCCUACUCCUUCUCCGCAUGCACCUUAUUCCCAAUCAACAAUCGGCUAUGGCCGCCGAGACCGUAGCCCGGCUCGCGGGGUCAAACCGGAGCAAUCAAGAAGCUUGAGGGCGAAGACCCUCACAACGGAGAACCAGCCCUUAUCACGCCCGACCUCAUUUUCUGAUUUAGCAGCUGGGACCCCUUUGUUUUUCCACGCAUCCGACGCGCGAUCAUCACACCCCUCCGAGCCGCCAACUGCCCCUCGGCCGCGGCCUCAGGGGCAGAUUUCCCCAGCGUCAAGCUUCGUAUAUGCGAAUGGAGACCAAGAGCGGAACUCCUUGGGAGAUCAGUCAAGCGUUACGUCCACCGCCUCAAAACGUCGAUCAGGGGGCCUAGGUCCUCCUCGCCCCUUGCCUGCUGGUAGACCCACAGCUUCGCCAUCCUCGCGCUUGAGUUGUCCAAGACUUUCCGAUGCCACUUCCCCUCCAUUGGAGGAAACGAGACUUCCGUUCCUAGGUGGCUUUGAUAAUGGCUUGGGCAUCGUUCCUCGUCUUCACUCGCCGUCCAGUACGAUUGGCGAUGAAACACAGCGUCCACCAACCCGGCAUACCAAAUCCUCCAGUGUCGACUCAAACCCACAUUUCACUCCGCCACAGGACAAUUUGCGAGCAAGCCCGAUCAUUAUUUCUGGAAACAACUUCAACGAUGGUACAGCGCCAGUGAUGUCGGAGAACAUACCCCCCCUUCGCCCUCGGAUCUUCAGCAAUGGUUCCUCUAUUUCGACCGAUACAUAUCCACCUGCGCCUCUAAGCCCUGGGAAGUCCGAUGCCCCCAGCGAGGUAGCUCUUAAUGCGCGCACCGAGCGUAAGAUCAUGGACCUUGAAAUCAGCAAUUCGUCAUUACUUGCCAUCAACCGGACACUAGAGCGAGAGAUGCGACAACAAAAGGCUGAGCUUCGACGAUUCAGGCGUUUGAGUCGAGCUGGACGCAUCUCAAUGGCACCCUCUACCCGUUCAUUCUCCGGGGUGGCUCUCUCGGCUACGAGUGAGAUGGAUGAGGGUGACAGUGAAUACUCCAUACGGUCACCGGAUGACAUGUCCGAGAUCAGCGACGAAGAUUCAAUUGUUGAUGAAGGUAUUCUGAGUCCGGGUUCUUUGGCCGAGCAUGAUGCUAAACACCGUGCCCAUGAUGAAAAACGGGUGAUGCUUGACUUGGCAAAACACCAAGAAGUCCUAGCGGACAGCCAGAAGAUGAAUCAGAGUCUCAAACGCUGCCUAGGGUGGACCGAUGAGCUCAUCAAAGAGGGACGGCGGGCCCUUGCAUAUAAUGUCCAUGUCCAAGACGUUGAAUUGGGCGGACGAGUCCUUUCGCCUGAAGAAUUGGGCGAGAUUGGCGAGAGCGGUCGGGGGCUGCUAAGCCCUUCAACUGAAUACGACGGUGUCUUCUCGCCUGUCGACUCAUCUGCCGAAGUGUCAUUUGUCGAAUCAUCAUAUCUUGAACCCACGUCUACCACGCCAUCUAUUGCCGCUGAACCGAGUAUAUGA